UGGCUACCCCGUUGGCUAUCUACAUUCUCUUUAAUGGUAAGAAAUUUUGUCGUGCAAGAAUUCCGCCGAAUCUAUUUUAUUUCACAGUAUUUUGAAUGUGAAACACAACAUCGUACUCACUGGACAUCGGAGCUACGUGUGAUUAUGGUUAACAACUAUUCAUCGAAGUGGAAGUGAGUGGUUAGUAGGAGGGUCUCAAUGGGGUUAACCGUAAAAUAAAACGACCCAAAAAUUGAUGUAACCAAUAAGUGUAAAAAUUGAAAAAGUUAACCGUAAAAAAAAUUUCUGGUAAGGACAAUGGAAAGAUGUUAACCGUUAGCCGUAAAUUGGCCAAAAUUUUAACUGUUGGCCGUAAAAGCCGUCACACCGUUGAGACUCACCAGAGGUGGGUAUUUUUCCGAGCCGCCAAUAGCCUUUUAGGACCUUUUAGCCGCGCCGCCAUUAAUCCAUGGCCACCAUUAGCCACCGACAUGAAGGUAAAUAUUUGUAUUGGUAUAUAUCAAAACAGUGAGGUAAUAUAGCACAAACAGAUGGAUUGAACUCAUCUGUUCCUGCAACGAUUACAAUAUUUUCGGGCGGAAAUCCCGAGCGAGUUCCUGGGAGGUUAAUAGCAAAGAUAUCCAGAGUCUGAGUAGCCAGUCAGAGCGCGCCUUCCACGCAAUUCACUCUUUAAGUAUAUCCUAAUGGAGUUUAACACUUGCUUAUAUUUGGUUAUCUCAUCACGAACAAUUUAGGAUUUUAACGAAAUGCAGCGGAAUGUUUGAGUUCCUUAUUUGUAAGAUAUGUUGUUGGGAAGAGACCAACCUUGAACACUCCAGAAAAACGUUUCACUUUUUCACCAUUAUAUACUUUUGUUUCCCACAUUUCGCACCUUCGUCUUCUCUUGAUAUAUCAACGGUUAUCUUUCCUCAUUUGCAUUUGAUAAUUGUGAGAUGUUGUCGUUAUGAUUUUAUAACGUUACUUUUUAUCCUUAAAGGUUUUUAAAAAACUCUCGUCAUCUGAGAUUUAUGUUGAAUUUUUUUCCUUUUUUAAGUUUAUUUUUGUUUCUUUACCAAGCUCUUUUUAUUCAUUUUUCUCUGGCUGGUGUAAUUUUUAAACGUGAGAGUUGGCCAAAGGAGCACAAGCCACAGGUGUGGUCAGGACCAAAUCUAUGCUACGAUAAAGAUGGAAAUAACAAAUUUGUAAGUCUUGGUGCAAAUUCUGUUGACGUAAUACGGGCUUUAAAUACUUCCAAAGAAACUUCCACAAAAGUAAUGGAUCAACAUCAGUAUCCGAGCAACUGCGUACCUACCCCUCCCCUUACCCAACAGCAGUCAAAUGAUAACAAGUUAGGGUCAAUGUUGGGGGGGUUAGAGGAAGGGUAGGUGUGCAGUUUCUCAGAUAUUGACAUUAAUCCAAACUAAUUCUGGAACGAAUAAAAACAAGUCGUGGAACCAAGAACCCUUUACAGCUAACUGUUAACCCCAUCGAGACACUCCUCCCAUAGGCUGAGAAUAAAGAUAGAAAGGAAAGUGGUCCACCCUGUAUGACUCGUCAAAACCACUUGUUUCGUUGAAGACUGACUUAUAGGUCAAAUUCCGAAUGCUCCUUAAAUGUUACUAAUAUAUUCUAUUAAUCCUAGCUGUCGCUAGAUUUAUCAAAAAAAAAUUACAGUGCCUAGCUGUAUCCAUGAUUUUUAAAACCCUAUGAUCGCAGCCUAUUCCAAAGGACCCGCCCUGGUUUACAGACGACAUGUGUCAUCUGAGCGCAUGCCUAGGGCUCAUGGUUUUAACAAAGUCCAUGUGUUUCACGAAAGGAACUUCAUGUGGAGAAGUAGGUUCACGAAAAAAAAUUGUUUUUUUUGUUUUUGUUUGGACAUGUUUAUUUAUUCACAAUCAUCAUCAUCGCAUGCAAUCAUCAGUACAAGUAAGCUCAUAAGGCCAAGUUUAAUCAUUCACCUGAUCUUUGUCUAAAAAGACAGAAAGUUGAAGGGAGGACUUCAUAAACACUAGAACUUUCGGUAUUUCCCGCAAUUGAUUGACGCACACAAUGAAGAGACGUUUCCAGACUUUUAGCUGCUGAAGAGCGUCGUAGUGACUUGAAACGAAACAGAAAUAGGAUUUCAGGGAAAAACGAAUGAAGAAUCGACUUGUUUUCUCGUAUCAUUAUGAACGUUUACUGCAAUAAAGUUUGUUGAGGUGGCUGUCUCUAUUGAACUCUUAAGUAUGUGUUCAAUACAAACAGUAGCUUUAAUUUUUUUCCAAUGUAUUAUUCUCUUUAUCCUUACAGGGUGAGUAUUUAGCAGCAGUUCCUGCACCCCCUUCUCCAACAGCCUGUUGUGUAUGUAAACCAUGUAAGUCUCGUGUU